UGCGAUUGUCAAGAAGCUCGAUUCAAGAUACUUUUCACUUUCUUAUCAAAUGUCGAAUUCGAAUCCAAGUUCAUCGCCAGACGUUUCCUCGCAAACAUCCGCGACUCAGGAGGAGCCGAAGGUUAAGCCACGUCAUUUGGAGUCGCGCAUCAUGUAUACGGAUUAUGAUACACAAUGGCAGAAGAAGAUCACCAAAUGGGCUCGUGUGGCAGUUCAGAUGGUUUUCGAAAAAGUUGUUGAGACGGAAAACGAGUUUUAUCAGGAAGUUGCGGCAAGUUUCAAAGAGUCACUCAAAUCUUCUUCUGGAGACGAAAAACCGAAAAAAUGGCAUGUGAUCGUUGGAAAUGAUUUCUCAGUUCAAGCGGACGCUCUCAAGGGCACCAUCUCGUUUUUUGCAAUUGGAGAUGUUAAAUUCUUAAUCUACACAUCGCCUAAUUGAAAUAUAAAGUUUUGUAUC